CUCUCUCUCUCUCUCUCUCUCUCUCUCUCGACGGUCACUUAUUCAGUUCUUGUCCUUCUCUUCCUCAAGAUUUCUCCUCGAGUGACGUCUCAACCCACGACGACGUCCUUUCCCCCUUCACGCUGACCAUCUUCAUUUCUUGCAUUGACUGCACUCUUCGACUUUUUCUUUUCAUCGGGGCUUGCCUUUUGUUUGGAAGGUGCCUAUCGUGCCGGCCUCGAGAUAUUUCAAAGAGCCUUAUAGAGACGACAUUUUGCUUAACAGACAACCCCUACUACUACUGUAUGACCGACGACCCCCUUGACUACACACAACGACUACGCACACCUUGCUACGCUCUCAUUCCGCUCUCGGUAUUUGGAUUCGAAUUGCUGGGCGACGUGUCGAUUCUACUGUAACCAGUGUCCCCUUUUGGAACGAUCAGCCGACGCAACCUCUCUUCCUCUUCGACCAUAGUCUGAAUCUUCAACACGUUCACCAUGGCUGGUGGAGGCGCAACAACUUCACCCGAGCAGAAAAAGGCGGCCCUUGAGGCUGCUCUUGAGAACCAGGCUCUCUCCAACUACUUGUUCUAUAUUUGCGCCAGUAUCUCUGCAGCUGUCAUUAUCUGGAGGGUCUGGACGGUCAUUGUCAAAUAUGUUCGCACCGUCGCCUCUUUGAACAACGACAACCAGCGAUACUUUGCGCAGUCCGACUCCAAGGUUUCCUGGAUCAAAAGGAAUGUUCUUUAUGCCCCGGUCUUCAGCAAGCGUCACAACCGUGAGAUUCAGCUCAGCUCCGCCAUCAAUGUCGGCACCCUGCCCAGUCGUUUUCAGCUGCUGUUCCUUACCGGCUACCUGGCAACCAAUAUCGCAUUUUGCGUCAUCGAUAUCCCGUUUGCUGGCUCCUUCGCCGACGCGGCUAAGCAGCUCCGAAACCGAACCGGUACCUUGGCUGUCGUUAAUAUGAUUCCACUCUUCCUCAUGGCUGGACGCAACAACCCGUUGAUCCAGAUGCUGGGCAUCUCGUUUGACACAUUCAACUUGCUGCACCGUUGGUUCGGUCGUAUCGUCAUCCUCGAGUCCAUCGCUCAUACUCUGGCUUGGAUGUCCAGCACUGCUAAGGCAUCAAGCUGGGAAGCUGCUAUUACGUCAGCUACCACGGUUCCCUUUUUGCUCUUUGGCUUUGUCGCCACUUGCGCCUUCACCGCUAUUGGCAUUCAGGCCUCGAGUCCUAUCAGGCACGCAUUUUACGAGACAUUCAAGCUUCUCCACAUCCUACUGGCCAUUACGGCCGUUGUCGGUGUUUGGUAUCACUUACAGAUGAAGGCUCUGCCUCAGCUCAAGUACCUUUGGCCUGUCAUCAUUUUCUGGGCCUGUGAUCGCGCCUCGCGUGCCGCUCGUGUUUUCUAUGGCAAUGUAGGACAUGGCGGCAGCAAAGCCCUCGUCGAGGCCCUUCCCGGCAAUGCCUGCCGUGUCACAGUCACCAUGGUUCGUCCCUGGACUUUCGGGCCUGGCCAGCACGCCUAUGUGUACUUGCCUUCCAUCAGUCUUUUGCAGUCUCACCCCUUUUCCGUUGCGUGGAGCGAGGAGGCCGAGGACCCCUUGGCCGAGAAGGCUUCUCUUAACCGUCAGGAUAUCCUCGCUAUGCGAAAGACUACUAUGUCCUUCGUGAUGCGCGCCCGAACUGGCAUGACGGAUACGCUGUACCGCAAGGCGGCUGCUUGCCCUGAGGGUAAGAUGACGACAACUUGCAUGGUGGAGGGUCCUUAUGGCGGCAUGCACAGCAUGCGCUCCUACGGCACUGUCAUGCUAUUUGCCGGCGGCGUUGGAAUCACUCACCAGGUUCCCCAUGUGCGUGAUCUCGUUGCUGGCUACGCCAAUGGAACGGUUGCCGCCCGGAGGGUGAUUCUUGUGUGGACCAUUCAGAGCCCUGAGCAUCUCGAAUGGAUUCGCCCCUGGAUGACGGAGAUUCUGGCCAUGGAGAAGCGUAGAGAUGUUCUCCGCAUCAUGCUCUUCGUCAGUCGACCGCGCUCCACCAAGGAGAUCCACAGCCCUUCGUCAACUGUUCAGAUGUUUCCCGGUCGACCCAACAUCGAAACGCUUAUCAAGGCCGAGCAGGAGUCGCAGGUCGGAACCAUGGGCAUCAGUGUGUGUGGUCCUGGUGCUCUUAGUGACGAGGUCCGUCGCGCCGUCCGCGACCGCCAGUACGACUCAGCGAUCGACUUCAACGAGGAGGCCUUCUCGUGGUAAUGGAUGGAUGACGAUGAUUAUGAGGGAAGGUUGUAUCCUGGCUGCAAAUCACAAGGCUGCCACAGCGACAUUUGCAUCCUGAACGAGCAUCAAAUGAUAUCGAGCCAUACAGAAAGGAUGAUCUAAGCCAAUAUGGGUUGAGAAUGCUCAAGGCUUCUUCAUAUUGGAGGGAGGUGUUGCAUACUUGAAUUCUAUCGAAUGUAAAUAUAGGGAUUAUUAUAUACAGUGUAGCCACUUACACACAAUUUAUGUAGUUGGGAGAAAUAGCGGGGUAAGCAGCUUGGAUGCGUCACUCUCGCAGCACUGAAGGUCACUAGGCACAAUCACUGGUCCCAAACCCCUGUCUGUUCCGUUGUGGCCCGUGCAUUAUCCUUGUAAGCCAGGCAUUCCAGGCCACGGCACCCCAUCCGUACUUUGAUGCC